AUGGCCGACCCUGACUCAACAGCCGACCAUGCCCUACCUGGAUAUCACGACGCGACAUCUUCCUCCGCCCCGCCGCCUCGUCCGCCUCCGCCAUCCCAGUCCGUACCGAGCAAGAGUGGGUCAGCACUCGAGACGGUGCACAAGUACUCCUUGGAGACGGGCAAAGGCAAAGCGUGGGUGACCCUCGAGGUCAAGAGCCGUGCGGCCAACGAGAAGAAUCUGCCGCUGUUCGUGAGCGGAGACGAAAUCGCAGGUGUGGUGUCGUUCAACCUGGACAAGUCGGAGAGCUUGAAGGGCAUCGUGUUAUCCGUUACGGGUGGCACCACGGCUGUUGGACAAGAGGAAGAACGUUUUCUUGAACUCAGCCAAGAGCUGUCCCCGGCCGCGAAGCUCAAAGGAGCUCAUUCCUUCCCGUUUAAACUCGCGUUGCCGACGGAAUGCACGCCAAAGGGAGAGAAGCAAACCUGGCCGUUGCCUCCGACCAUGUCGGAGCGUGCCAGCCCGGCGUACAUCGACUACAAACUCACCGUCGUCAUCAAGCGUGGGGCGCUGAGGGUCAACCAGACGCUCGGCACGUCGUUCUCGUACCUUCCUCGCUCUCGACCUGAUCCGCCCUCCUUGCUGCGUGAGGCGGCAUACCGCGAAGGCGUCCCGCUCAUCGGUCCCGAUGGCGACGCAGAAGGGUGGAAAGUUCUGAAACCUCUCAAGAUCCAAGGGACCAUAUUUGACACGAGAGAAGUCGAAGUAGAGUGCACGCUCGCCAUCGCAACUCCGUUGGCAUAUGCGAUCGGCACCCCGAUACCCCUGCACCUAACGUUCACCUCCUCUGACACACAGGCCCUGGAUUUGCUUGCCAACCCUCGUGCUCCUCAGUGCUUCCUCGUCCGCACCCACGCUGUCGGGUCCGGUGCCACCGACGUGACCGCUCCGCGCCGCUCGAACAACACGUUCCUGGAAGAAUGCGGGAAAGCAGUGUGGUGGCCCGUGGAGGAGGAGACGCCGGCGCAGGUCGCAGCGAGAGGCGAGAAGAACCUCGGAUGGGAGAAAGAAGGCAGCGAUGGAGGAAAGGGAUCUAAGAGGGUGCUGAUGGGCGAGCUGGAAGUGAGGAAGGGGUUGAAGGCAAGCUUCUCGUUUCCGAAGCAUUGCGUUUGGUACUCGAUCGCUUUGAGGUCCUUUACCGCUCCCGGCUUCACAUACACGCCACCCGCCGUCGGGUCGUCUUCCAGCGCAGGCUCAGAGGAGUUCCUUCUUACGGAACGCGUUACUAUAACCACUGUCCCGGCAGCGGGGCCAUCACCGCGCGCAUAUGCGCCUCCCGGUUAUAGGGACGAGAACAAUCAAGGUGAUUACAACACGGCCAUAGGGUUUUUGGAGAAUGGAAACCAGAGGUUCUAUCAUCACCAUGGUGGAACUGGAUGGGCACCGUGA